AUCAAUGUUAUAAACAGUUCAAGCAAAUGAUUCAAGGUUAAUUUCUCAUUUUUCUUUUAGAGACCUAUAUGGGCCUGCAGCUAAUUAUGUGUACAGUGACUUCAUACAGACAGUGUGGCCACAUGAGAGUGGCCGCCAUCUUUAACCCAAUUUAGCUGAUUUAGCAUUUGUUCUUCUCAUAACAAAGCUUAUAAAAAAGUAAUUUGUAUUCUCAAAUACUUAAUCAAAAACUUUUCAAUGGCUCAAUAGUAUUUUUAACUAAAAAAUAAUAGUAAAAUAAUUUAUUUUGUGUUAAACAUGGCGGCCUAUAUUUCUAACAAUUUCGUAAAUAAUAUGAGUCUGUGUCGAAGGCUCCAAUGGCAAUGUUAAAUUCGAAACGUGUACUUCAUACUUUUAUCAUUUCGAAGGGUAAACCUGAAGAAUGCCGUUGUUUAGGUUCGAGUAACUAACUACUGGACGUGGCCCGGCUGUUUUCUCGGUGUAGAUGCCUAAUGUAGUCGUUUGUAGUGUAGUCCUCGGACAAGUUUUUAGCUUUUGAAAUAUUUUUCUUGUGGUUUCCUCCAUAAUAUAUCCAAUCAUCUUUCGGUCUAAUCCUUACUAUGGUAAAUAUUAUUAUGGUAAUGUAUCUCGACGCCAUAGAUGUAUAUAGUAUGAUGGAGGAUGGCUUGAUGAGUCAUAAUCUUGACUUGCUCGUCUUGUCCACCAUGAAUGGUGGAAUUGGUAUUGAAUGUCAUCCUUUGCUCCAGGGUGAUUUCUUCUCCCGCGAUGUUCCUUCAUCACUGUAUAAUUACGCAAUUAAAAUGGCAAUAAAAAAUAAAUCUGAUACCGUAUCAUUUAUCGAUUCUUAAACAGUUAUGUGUAUGACCAAUCGUUCGUAAACAUCCACAUUAGAUAAUAAUCGUUGGCAUGGAUACGAACUCUUUGAUCUGUGACCGAAAUACAAGGGCUGUUUCUCACAAUAUCAUUAUAGAUAUAACUUUCAUCCCUAACAGUAGCCGAAAAAGAGAACAUUCAUGUCUCUAGACGGUAGUAUUAAAUCAAACUCCCUCUCGGAAUCAUCGGGUAGUUCUAGUAAUCAUUUGCCGUUUUAUCAGGAACAUUUUGAUAUUAUGACCGAUUUAGCGUUGAAUGGAAGUCCUGCGUCUAAUUUAACAAGGAGCGGUACUGUAAAAAGAGCUGAUGGGUCUCACUUCUUUAUUAAAAAAAAUGUUGUUGGUAGAAGUUUUUCCGAAGAUGAUGAUAGUGUUUUUUUAUCCAAAGAUAAAGUUAAUCCUGUCGGUUCUUGUUUAAAUAAUCGAUUUAGAAGAUCUUUGGAUAGUACGUUUAGGAGAAGUUUGGAAUCGAUAUCGGAGCAUAAAAAGACGAAACCAUUCUCUCCCACACGUACGCUAAGUACUAGUAGAGGUAGUUCUUUGGAUUUAUUUUCUUCUGAACAAGACUGUGCCGUUAGGAGCUCAACAAAUAAUAAAAACGACGAAGACGAAACCGUCCUAAGUCCGGCAUCUAGUUAUCUUUCUUGGAUAGAAAGUGUUAAUAAUAUUGAGAAUACGACAACAGAAGUUCAACCUAAUGAUAAAAAUGAUGUAGAAGGAAAAGUUGGAGAGUGGAACAACUUUUGGUUGAAUUAUAAUACUGCUAGAAAUCGAUAUAUGUCUAGCACUUAUCUAACCGAUGAUAGAAUGGCAGAUGAUGUAUCGGAAGCGAUAAGCAGUAAUAGCACGCAGAAGGGAUUAGGCGAAAAACCACCUGGAGAAUGUAUAUUUUUAACGGUUGACGAGAUUCAUGAAGCAUUGAAAUAUUCUAAAAAGCUCACAGAAAUUCUUCAAACAGCUUUAAUACGAAGCAACCAUGAUUGCGAAAAUUCAAAUCCAGAAACUUCUUUCUAUUCAGAAUCAUUUUCCAGACGAAAUUCAUCACCAAAAGAAGAUAAUGGUUCAAUUUUUACUAAAGAAGAUUUGAAAAGAGUCGCGAGAGAACGAUCCGCGUCAUACAUAAUAACAACUCAAGAACAUAUGAAACAAAAGGAGUUGGUUAAACCGAGUAACCAGUCGUCGAGUACGAGUUGCAUUAACGCUAUUUUAAAUACUGGUGUAGCUGACAUUCUAAAAAGAGUGAUCAGCAAGAGACGCGACAUUAUGACACCGGAUGACAUGUCCUCGGUAACGAGAAAAAGUUUUUCGGAAUGGGGUGGCAAAUGAUUUUUAUUUGUGAAAUAUUAUUAUAAGAGUAAAUAUCACGCUUCAUGUUUAUAUUAUAAUUAUUGUGUUAAAUCAA